AUGGGCAGCAGAGCCCCUUCGGCGACCGGGCUGCCCGAGCGGCUGGAGCCCGGCCCGGGGCAGCGCCCGAGGAGUCCAGGAGCCGAGGAGCAGCACGUGCUCAGCAGCGUGGCCGCGGCGCAGGCCCUGGCCAGAGUCAUCCGGCCCUGCUACGGCCCCCACGGGCGGCAGAAGCUCCUGGUGACCGCCCGAGGAGACACCGUGGUCACGGGGUACGCCGCGGCCAUCCUCCGGGCCCUGGAGCUGGAGCACCCGGCCGCCCGGCUGCUGCGGGAAGCCGCGCAAACGCAGGCGGAGCAGAGCGGCGACGGCGCGGCAUGCGUGGUCCUGCUGGCCUCGGCGCUGCUGGAGCGGGCCGAGCGGCUGCUGCGGGCCGGCCUGCCGCGCUCGCAGCUCCGGGAGGCCUACGCCGCCGCCGCCGCGGAGACGCUGGCCCAGCUGCCUGGCCUGGCCGUCCGCUCUCUGGGGCCGUUGGAAAACCCGUUUUGGGCCCUCUAUUCGGCGAUAAAUACCCACACUCCGUGCCAGACGUCCUGCUUGACCAAGCUGGUGGCCCAGGCCUGCUGGGCGGCCAGGGAGCUGGACGGCAGCUUCCAGCCCGAGCGCGUGGGCGUGUGCGCGCUGCCCGGAGGAAGGCUGGAGGACUCGUGCCUGCUCCCGGGGCUGGCCGUGGCCGGCAAGGCCUGCGGGAAGGUGACCGCGGUGCCGAGAGGCGCCAGGGUGGCUCUCUUCGCUUGCGCCUUCGGUCCUGCCAGUCCAAGUGCACCGGCAACUGCCCGUCUCUGCAGUCCUGACGACCUAACUCAGUUCAGGGAAGGCAGCGAGAAAUUGAUGGAAAAGCAGGUGGGCCAGCUGGCGAGCGCGGAUAUUAACGUGGCGGUGGUAUGGGGGGAAGUCGAGGAGAAUACCCUACCACAGGCUGAUAAGCAUGGCAUCAUGGUGAUUCAAGCGAAGUCCCGGCGGGAGAUGGUUUACCUGAGUGAAGUACUGGGCACACCUUUGAUGCCUUAUCUGCUUCCUCCCCUGAAGCCAGGGAAGUGCCACAGGGUGUACCGGCAGGAGCUGGGAGAAGGUUUGGCUGCGGUUUUUGAAUGGGAGUGUCUAGGCACCCCUGCCCUCACCUUGGUCCUCAGGGGGCCCACGACUGAGGGGCUGCGUGGUGCAGAGCAGGCUGCCUACCAUGGGAUUGAUGCCUAUUUCCAGUUGUGUCAGGAUCCCAGGCUGCUUCCAGGAGCUGGGGCCACAGAGAUGGCUCUGGUGAAAAUACUCUCAGAUAAAGGAAGGAAAUUGGAAGGGCCUAGGGGUCCUGCAUUCCUAGCAUUUGCCCAUGCUCUGAGGUCUCUUCCCGAAACCUUGGCAGAGAACGCAGGCUUAGCUGUCUCAGAAGUGAUGGCAGAAAUGCAUGGAGCUCACCAAGCUGGGAACUUCCUCACAGGAGUGGGAACCGAAGGGAUAAUUAAUGUGGUCGAGGAGGAGGUGUGGGACACCCUAACAGCCAAAGCCCAAGGACUCCGAGCCGCGGCUGAUGUGGCACUGCAGCUCCUGACCAUAGAUGAAAUUAUCGUGGCCAAGAAAAGUCCCAAAAUUCAAGAGGACCUGAGUCCCUAUCCUAAGAAGGCAAAGGAACAUCCAUCUCCUGUGAGAAAACAAAGUCCUCGGAAAAAAUAA